GUCGGAUCCUGAUGCUGGCCUGUGUUGGUUCUGGGUCUUCGUCGGUACUAGAAGAAAAAGAAAAGAUGUGAAGCCCCACCUCAGGAAGUGGGGUCCGUUCUACAUGAUCCUCGUGGCCACAGUCGCUGUCAUGAUGGAUUUGCUUCGACACGUAUUGAUGGAUGCUGAGAGCUGGAAACUCCAGGAUCAUAUCACUGGAAAAGAGUACAAGUUCCACUUCGGCAGCUGCGUGUACAACGUCCCCACUGUCGCACAAGGGCAGGAGGGGGAAUGCCCCGAUGCUGGUGUAGGGCCUGUUGAGGUCACCACUUCGAAUGCUCUGGGCGUAUACAUGCCGAUGUACAACGCGGACGGCUCACACUCCUUCUACGGCAUUUUCUUUACCUUCGUGUUGACGUACUUGGGCUAUUUCCUCCUUUUUUUCUCGAUAUGUUGGUUCACGGGUUUACCAAGGAAAUUAGCCAAGCAAUGUCGUAGCCUAGACUGGAAGGGGUGCUGGGCUGGUUGUUGCGCGAUGUGCACAUCUAAGCGCAGGAAGGUUCCCCAGGGUUCAGAUACAGUUUAA